UGUUUUUAAAGAAUCACAGUAAAUUUAUCACACAAUCACUUUUUACUUGAACAAGAGUGAAGACAAAAUUUCACUACCAUUUUUGUCAAAACAAACACCACACUGUAUCUCUAAAACUAUCACCAUCACAUUCAUCAAGAAUAUGAAGAAGAACCACCAUCACCGAAGCAAUCUCUGAAGCAUUCAUCUCUAAUGGCGUCAUUCUCUGAUUCGAAUCACCACCACAACACUUCCGAUGGCGUUGCUCAGAGAGUCAACAGCCCGCGUUUCUCAGGUCCGAUGACUCGCCGUGCACACUCCUUCAAGCGUAACAACAACAACAACAACGGUAACAACAGCGGCAAUAGCAGCAACAGCAACUCUCUGAGUACCCACAAUGAAGUUGAGCUUCAAAUCAACUCGCCCAGAUCGGAGGAAGGGUUGGAGCCGGUGCUGGAGAGGAAGCACGGCGGUCAUCACCACCAUCAUGUGACCCAGAGAGUUCAUGUGAAGAGCUUGCUCAAGAAACGGAUUGAAUCCAUUGUUGUUGACUUGGGGUCAAGGGAGAAGAAGAAGCUUGGCCAUUGGAUGUUUCUUGUGUUCUGUGGGGUGUGCUUGUUCAUGGGUGUUCUUAAGAUUUGUGCUACUGGCUGGCUUGGAUCUGCUUUAGAUAAAGCUCAAUUCAAUAAUCAGGAACUGCCUGACUCCAUUGGCAUAUCUAGCUUAAAUCUAAUGGACCAAAACUCCCUUCCUUAUGCAUAUAAGGAUGGAGCUGGUGAUGUUGAACGGACUCUGAAGAUGGUAGAAACAGGAGUUGUUGGCAGCCAUACUACCAUGACUGAAGAAUCAGAUAUCUGGUCUAAAUCCAACAGUGACAAUUUCACCCAAUGCAUAGAUCUGCCAAGAAAUCAUAAAAAGCUAGAAGCAAAGACCAAUGGCUACAUUCUUUUAAAUGCUAACGGUGGCCUGAAUCAGAUGAGAUUUGGGAUAUGUGAUAUGGUUGCUGUUGCUAAGAUAAUGAAGGCAACAUUUGUUCUUCCUUCUCUUGAUCAUACCUCCUACUGGGCUGAUGCGAGUGGCUUCAAGGAUUUGUUUGACUGGAAGCAUUUUAUUAAUACACUGAAGGAUGAUAUCCACAUAGUUGAGAAAUUACCACCUGCCUAUGCAGGCAUUGAGCCUUUCUCAAAAACUCCAAUAUCUUGGUCUAAGGUUACUUAUUACAAGACUGAGGUUCUUCCCCUCCUAAAUUAUCACAAAGUGAUGUAUUUCACUCAUACUGAUUCCCGGCUUGCUAACAACGGCAUUCCAAAUUACAUCCAGAAGCUAAGAUGUCGUGCAAAUUACAGAGCACUGAAAUAUUCAGCUCCAAUUGAAGAAUUUGGAAACACAUUGGUAUCUAGAAUGCAGCAGAAUGGAAAUCCUUACCUUGCCCUUCAUUUGAGAUAUGAGAAGGAUAUGCUUGCAUUUACGGGUUGCAGUCACAAUUUGACUGCAGAAGAAGAUGAAGAAUUAAGACAGAUGCGAUAUGAAGUCGGUCACUGGAAGGAGAAAGAGAUUAAUGGGACUGAAAGGAGAUUGCUUGGAGGUUGUCCGUUAACUCCAAGGGAAACUUCCCUAUUGCUUAGAGCACUAGGUUUCCCAUCACAUACCAGGAUUUAUCUGGUAGCUGGAGAAGCAUAUGGAAGAGGAAGUAUGAAAUACCUUGAGGAUGAUUUCCCCAACAUUUUCUCUCAUUCCUCUUUGUCUUCUGAAGAAGAGCUGAUUCCUUUCAAGAGUCAUCAGAACAUGUUGGCUGGUAUAGACUACGUUGUUGCCCUUAAGAGUGAUGUUUUUCUUUACACUUAUGAUGGAAAUAUGGCGAAGGCUGUACAAGGUCAUAGGCGCUUUGAAAACUUCAAGAAGACCAUCAAUCCAGACAAGAUGAAUUUUGUUAAACUAGUUGAUCAUUUGGAUGAAGGAAAAAUUUCCUGGAAAAAGUUCAGCUCCAAGGUAAAAAAGCUUCACCAAGACCGAAUCGGCGCUCCAUAUCCAAGGGAAGUAGGGGAAUUUCCAAAGCUGGAGGAAAGUUUUUAUGCAAAUCCUCUGCCAGGAUGUAUUUGUGAAACACGAAAGAAGUAGACACUUGGCUGAAGGUUAUCUUUCUUAGGAUGGUAUGACGAGAGCCGCAAUCAGGAAGGCGUUUUGGCUAUAGUGUGAUGAGUUUCAAUACUACAUUCUUAAGGACAUGGCAAUGUGAAUGUGCCAAAGCUUGGCUAUCUAGUAAGAUAGUAAAGAUUACAAGGGGCCAAGGUGGGGGUAAGAAACUGAGCUACCCAGCUGCACUUUUAAAAUAAGGAUCAAGCACGGGUAGGUCAAAGUAUACCACUGUCAAUACACGCAAUAGAAAUUAAACACCAUACCUUACUAAGCAAACCUCAUCCCUAACCAUACGUUUUUUCAGCAUUCAUUUUUUGCUCCUUUCUAGAUUUUGCUUUAUCCAAUACUUGUAAUAAUAUCAAGAAAAUGGGGUGGGACUGAAUUAGUUGUAUUCUUAUUCCUAAGAAAAGGAAUUUGUCCUUUUUAGGUGCAUCAAAACUAGAUUUUAUUUUCAAAUGCUGCAUAGUGAUGGAAGCAGGUUACUUACAAUGGAUGAUCCUUUAUGUUCGUCAGUUAUUUUUCAGAUACAGCUUGUUUACUAAGCAGGUUUCUGAUCGGAUUAUAUUACUUCAGCUAAAUCAACGGAAUUUGCAAAAAUCAAAAGUUGAAAUC